AUGUCAGACCGACUUGCUCAAGUGUCCGGACAUCUUUCCAAUACAUACGGUCGAGGACUUCUAGCCGGUGAAGUCGCUAUCAUCACUGGUGCUGGCCAGGGAAUAGGACGUAGUGCUGCUCUUAUCUUCGCCAACGAAGGAGCAAAGGUCGUGCUUAGUGAUAUCGACGCGAAGAAGCUCGCUGCCGUAGAGCAAGAAAUCAAAUCCGCAGGCGGUGAAUCCAUCUCCGUAGCAGGCGACGUGGGGGCAGACGACUUUCCCAAACGAAUUGUGGAUGCUACCGUUGCGAAAUACGGCAAAAUCAAUCACAUUGUCAACAAUGCUGGGUUCACUUUCGACAAGAUGCUUCACACUACACCUGAUGAUACCUGGGAUAUCAUCAUGAAAAUUCAUGUCCGAGCACCUUUCCGGCUUAUCCGACAAGCAGCUCCAUACUUCCGUGUCAAGCAACGCGAAAACCGUUCUAUAAUCAAUGUCUCUUCAACUUCUGGCUUACACGGCAACGUCGGUCAAGCAAAUUACGCUGCUGCUAAGGCAGCUGUCAUUGGAUUGACCAAAACUAUUGCAAAGGAAUGGGGGCCAUUCGGUGUUCGCGCCAAUACCGUUGCGUUCGGGUUAAUCCAUACUAGGUUGACCGCGGCCAAGGAAGAUGGGGCUACGAUGGAGAUCGACGGCAAGAAAGUCGCACUUGGUGUUCCUGGAGCCAAACCGCCCACGGAUGCUGCACGCCAGUCUGGAGAAGCUUACCCACUCAUUCCGCUAAAACGAGGAGGGAAUGCAGAUGAAGCUGCGGCUAGCAUGCUUUUCCUUGCGUCACCUCUUGCUUCUUAUGUGAGUGGCCACUGCCUAGAAGUUACUGGAGGUGCAGGAAUAUGA